AAAAUACCAGCGCCGGCGUCGCGUUUUGUGGCUUCUGUCUGACGGAGGUAACUUAUUUUCCGUCACUGUGAGUUUAAAAUAAAACGUUGAUGGUUGAUUUUGUGAUUAAUUGCACGAACAAAAGUGAUUAUUUUAUUGUAUUUAAACCAAAAGGAUCGUCUAAAUACACCAAUUUGCGACAAUGUCUAUUCCAGUUUUUUCAGAAUCCUUAAGCUCCACAGUGGAUUACCGUCAAAUGCAUUUGACCGAACCAUUUUCCCAAGCAUUAUGCGUGAGCGACUCCGACGAAACACUUUCACAAGAUACCUUCCGGACGGGGUCCCCAUCGCCUGUAAAGGAAGAACAACAUUCCGUCGCCGUCGUAGAUCUGACCACGCUAUCGAACAGCUUGAACGACACGGUCUCUUCCAAACGGUCUGAACUGACGGAAACAGUCGAUAAUACACCUGGCUCACUGAUUGUGCUGUCCGACAGCGCCGAUUCCUUCUCUGCUGAUCUCAACUGCUCGACGGUGAACAACAGCUCUCAUAGAUUGAGUUCCGCUGCUCAGGCUCGCUUGAACGAGUUUUUCGACAACAUUCCCAGCUCCGUUUCGGAUGCUGAUUUUAAGCUGACCGAAACUCAACUGUCGGACGACAGGUUUGGCCGUUCCUCCGGAGAUGACGAAGGUGAUAGGGAAGUGUCCGUAGCCGAGACGGAUGCCUCCGACAGAAUCACCCCGGUGGAUAAAUCCAGUGAACCGGAGGAGCAGCCUUCACCGCCCGUUAGAAAUGUCAAGGUUUCGGCCAAAAUCAAAAUCAAGGUGCACGUGUCGGAGGAAACGGGCGACGAAAGUUCAUCCGACGAGUCGGAGAAACGGCAGACAGAUUACCGAGAACAGAAGGCGAAUCAGCAGGGGCCGCAAAGGGCAGAAUCGCCGGUCAUCGAUGACGAUAUGGUGCAGAUUCUCACGGAAAUUUACGGUGACAAGUGGCGGACACCGAAAAAUCUGGCUUUGUGUCAAUCGCAACCGAAAAAGGCAGCUGAGUGCCGGAAAGACCACAAGAGACCCAUCCUAGCAACUCGAGACGGCAAAACUGUAUCAUUCCUGCAAGCUCUAGAUGAGAAGACUCCUCUGGAUUUGUGCACCGCGGAAACCAGAAAGUACAGAACUAACUUCAGCAGCACUAAGGACAAAUUGAUGGUCCAGUUGUACGAGAUGUACAACCAGAAUGUGUUUGAAAACAAAAUGGAUAUACCGCUAAGCUGGAACAAGAAAUUGACCUGCACCGCCGGACGAUGUUUCAAUAUUAAAAAGAACGGAGAAAGAUCCUGCAGAAUAGAGUUAAGUGACAAAGUUAUAACGUGUGCCGAACGAAUGCGGUCUACUCUAAUACACGAAAUGUGUCAUGCGGCCGCAUGGAUCCACAACGGAGAGAAUGGGCAUGGCAAACACUGGAAGAAUUGGACCUACCGUGCUCGACGAGUUUUCCCCGAAUUGCCGCCCAUUACCGUGUGCCACCACUAUGAGAUCGAGUACAAGUAUACCUACCAAUGUGUUCUGUGCAAGGCCAAGUAUAAUGCUCACACCCGUUCGAAGAAGACCGAAAAUAUCCGAUGCGCCUACUGUCACGGUAAGAUUGAACUAUUUGUUAAUAGGAAAAACAAAGACGGCGCCACAGUUGCCACUCCGGCAAAGAAAGGCAAAGGCUUUGCAGCGUUCGUCAAAGAAAAGUACAAACAAGUCCGACAAAACGAGAAUAGCCAUGCGGAAACUAUGAAAAUUUUGGGGGAAAAAUUCGCUGGACUUAGCACAGAACAGAAAAAUAUAUAUACUUAGUAGUAACGUGACGAUAACAAGGUAAACUGUUUAAAUGUUUUCUGUGAAAACGUGCCUUUUUUAUUUUGUUUAGUAGUUUAAGUUUUGUAAAGCGCGACACAAAGAAAGCGAUCAAUUACACAAGCACGUGGACAGCGUGCUUGUAUCAAUGUAUCAGACUUUGGUUGUGUAUAAUUGGAUUUACCUGCUUGUGAUCACAAAACUAUCACCUAUUAAUUGGAAAUCCAGCACAUAUGGGAUUGGUAUGCGAUUAUAGGCAGUGAAUGUAAAUGAGCCUCGUCUUGUCUAUAACUUUAUAUCUGUAACAUUUGUCAAAAUUUUACAGCUGGAAGCAAUAUUAACAAAAAACCCUGGCACAAUCUCAAUACAUGAACCUUGAAAUCUUCCACUGCCUAUCGUACAUACCGAGUCGAAGCCAGAUAAUCGAUUAAGUAAAAAAUUAAAGUUAGAGUAUAUAAUUAAACCUGGUUUAACGCUUAAGCCAGGGUGAAGAAAUUGGCGCACUUAAAAAGCAUUGCAGUUAAGGGAACGUUCAAAAAUUACGUCCGAGAUUUGGGGGAGGGGGUGUCUAGAAAUCCCGAAAAACGAUGGACGUUAUAAAUUAACCCUAAAUCGUUCGCACCGAGCGAACGUCUACUGUACAAAAUCCUGCUAUGCGGAUACUUUCAAUAUGCAACUCUCAUGAUCUGGUACUUUUUCACAAAUUGACAUAAAAAUUCGCAUUUUUUAUUAUAUGUAGCACCUAUUUGGAAAUACAUCGACAAUGAUGACUAUUCAUAAUGUAAACUCAAAAGUGAUGAAAAGUCACAUGGGACUGUUAUGCGAGUGGAGGCAGUACAGUUGUUGCAGAAUUAAGUAGGCCAUAUUUUAAGUUUUAUUACUGACACGGUUUUUGAUUUUUCUUUAUUAAAACUUUUUGAUGUUUAAC